UUCUUUCGUUUUCAUUUCCCGGAAGGGUCCAAUGUGAAAAUAGUAGAGGUUUAUUGCUUCGAAAGUUGUUAAAAUGGAGUUCGGAGAGGUUUAACCUUAAGUUCUUUUUUGUUUUUUUGUUUUUUUUUUUGGACGAGUUUGAUUUGAUGUCUGCUUACAAGGAAAUCAUCCUAUGUUUUUUUUGGUACACUAGAUAAAGGGCAUGUCAAUGGAGAACGUUUCCCCGUCACCUUUGGUCAAGCAAGAAAACACAACAAACAGUCCUUCGUCCAUAAUGCAUGGAAGGCAGGUCAACAUUCCUCCCAGUGUGCAUCGCUCCCCCCCUAAUCAACUUCCUUUGGUCAGUCCUCCCACUCAGGAAGACCUGUGGCAUCUGCCAGGACGACUACGAAUAAAUCCAUCUCUGUGGGAUAAAGAGGAUGUUGCCCACUGGCUCCACUGGGCUCAGAAGGAGUACUCACUGCGCCGGCCAGAGAAGGGGCGCUUCGAGAUGAACGGCCGAGCCCUGUGCCUGCUCACCAAGGAAGAUUUCAGACGCCGCUGCCCCAGCUCAGGUGAUGUUCUGUAUGAGAUCCUUCAAUGUGUGAAACAACAAAGGAGGAGUGUUGUCUGUGACCCUCAAAAUACAUCUCCUUCCUUGGGAAAUGGACACAGCCAGAGUCCAGCCAGUGGCCAGAUCCCCUCUCAAAGAGUCCAAGAGCCCCAGUCUCCCACAGUCAAUGACACCCAAGUUUCCCUUGCUUUCACCAAUGCUGUGUCGGCAGCUAUCGUAACCGCUGUGAGCUGCCAGCCAGAGCCUCUGUCACCUCUCAGAGAUCGUCCUUUGAUCUUUUACACUUACCCUGCUCCACUAACACAUAACGGAUCAGCAGCUGUCUCUACAGUGCCCCAUAGUCAAGUUCAGUGUCCUCUUCAAACAGAGAGCUUUGUCCAGGCGCCUCUCAACUUGUCCACUCGAGAGAAGCCAAGGAGCUCACUGCACACAGCCAACGGCCGCAUACCAGAGUGCAGACUGCUGUGGGACUAUGUGUAUCAGUUACUGUGUGACGACCGUUACCAAGAAUACAUUCGAUGGGAAGACCAGGACAGCCUGGUGUUCAGGGUGGUUGACCCCAACGGACUGGCGCGUCUCUGGGGAAACCACAAGAAUCGAGACAACAUGACCUAUGAGAAAAUGUCCCGUGCUUUGCGGCACUACUACAAGCUUAACAUCAUCAAAAAGGAGCGAGGACAAAAACUCCUCUUCAGGUUUCUGAAACUCCCACAGGACGUCAGGAAACAGCAGGCUGAGUCCGCCGAGUCCCCAGAACACACUCCACCUCCGGACAGGGACUUUGCAGACAGCAGUCCACAUGAGUUCAGUGAGGACCGUUUUGAGGUCUCCCCUGAUCGUGUGUCUCCACAGCUUUCUCCAAUUGGUGCUCCUUUGAGAUAGAAAAAAAAACUGCAUUUGGUUUACCAAAUACAAUACAACAA